CAGGUGAAGCAGUUCUACUACUGCGUCGCGAACGCCGAUUUUAUGCUCAACGAUGAGAACAACGAGCACUUCCCGGAGAUUUUGCGCGAACGACGACGAUUCUUCAAGGAAAAGUCCAAGCCGCAAGACUUUUGGAUCGUGCCGAACCCGGCGUUUUUGGACGCGAUGCCGGACGUGAAGAAGAAGAUUCGUCAGCCGUGCGUCGCGGUCGUCACCACGGACAAAGUUUGGAACGAUUUCGUCAAGUUGCGCAUGGAUAGAGUGUACAAGGGCGGCGUCGAG